GCGCCAAAAAAUCAAAUAUUCUGAAUCUAACAAAUCUUGGUCUUAUCAUCAUUUACUAUCACUUUUCAACACUUUUGCGUCAUUAAAUUACGUUUCUGGCGUAUUUUGUUAGCGCAAAAACAGUCCGCUCGAUGUGCGCUCAGUUGCGGGUGGCACCCAGUUGAUGCCACCGCUGGAACGUAAACAAACAACGGUUUUCGUUCGGGAAUCUUCGGUAAGUUCCGGCUUCGUGACGUCAUGACUAGCUCGCCCUCUCAAACAAAAUGGCGGGAAUGGAGGGCGCUCGGGAUCGGUUGACCAGUUCCGCCAGGAAAAGGAAGAAGAGGGACAAGUUCAAAAAGCGGGUGUUGUUGGGCGACAUGUUUGUGGAGUGGCGGGACCUGAAAUCCGCGCUCGGCCUGAAGACAGACUGUGAUUUGGCCCGUCUUCUCAUCAACAGCUAUAGACAGCAUAGUGACACUGACACUCCCAGGCCCAGUUCACCACAAAGUCCACCUUCAAAUGCACCAAGCCCACCAAAGACGGUCACACCGAGCCAUGCCUCCACUCCACAUGUGACACAACAGCCUCCCAACCUGAAUGCUGGUGACAUCUCCAGCAUUUCCCCAGGGUCUUCUUCCACUGUUUCAGUUGUGUCUUCAUGCAGCAAGCUGGCUGAAGACAUGAGGAGCCUGCCCAUCAUAUCCCCUGAGGAGGAAGUGUUUGCGCACGACCAGUCUGUGGCGGAGGGGGAUGACGAGGACUAUGUCUUUGUCUCCCCUGAGGAGCUACAGAUUAGAGAGGAGGGCGACAUCGUCGGGCUGCAGUGCUGGAUUGGCUACACCGAGUCCCUGCUUGCACUUGUACGGUACAUGCAGCUACCGUACGACAAGUGCAAGGAAAAGGAGUGUAGGGCAGAGGUGGACAAGGAGCCAGAGACAAAAACUGUGUAA